AUGAUUGAGACAAUUACAGUAACUACAUUAUCGCCCAAGAUGAAGGAAGGACAGCAUUCCUUUGCUUAUGUGAACAUUGCAGUACUCAACCUAUAUAUAACGACGAAGGGGAACAAACAGGUGCAACACAGUGAGAAACAGAAAAGGGAUACACUCCAGAAGUUCACGGCUAUACUGAAGCCGACCAACCUCCUCCGCAGCCUUCGCAGCCUCCAACUCCCACCCGAAGAUGCCCGGGUUGUAACCAUGAAAGGCCUUUUCAUAGGUAUUGCUGCCACAAAAUGCAAUUUUCGCCUUUGUCGCAAAAUUAAGAGAGCGGGAGAUGUAGGAGAAUGGAUGAGAGAUCCUGUAACUCAUACUUCUUAUUGCAGUCCAACACAUUUUGCACAAGAAAAAUCUAUUAACGACAUAAACGCAGGCUUAGGGAAUCCUUCAUCUAAUGAUCCUCUGCAAACUAAAAAAACUGCCGCUAUUACAGAGAUAGAAGGUGCUCUAAACCAAACCCCUCCAGUAACUAAUAAUGAAUUAGAAAAUACUAACCGAGGUUGGCGAAAUGAAAUUCAAAAUUCUACUUCAGCUCCGAAUAUUACUACUAUCAAAGACCGAGUUUUACAAGAUAUUUCCCGCAAGCGCCAAGCAAAAAACCCCCUCCCUGGAUUAAAAUCAACAGCAAUUAAUCAAAUUCUUGCUGAACUAGCAAAAAACCCUCCGGUUGAUGAAAGUGAAAUAACUAACCGUAACUGA